CAAGCCGCCGCCGCUCCAUCUCCGGCGAAGCCAGCCGCCAGCGAAGCCCUAGCCGCCGCAACCGAGCUCCUAGCCGCCGCCUCCUUGAUUCAGUUUCGUGCAAGCAACUGAGAUCUGAACCCUAAAGAUCUCGAGAAGUGACUGUUCCCCAAACCUAGAUCCAGAUCUACUUCUGCAAAAAGCUAAGGUAGGGCCGAGAGGGAGCGGGAGUAGAUGUCCGUAUGGUGCAAGUGUUUUCUCGAGUCUUUCAUUUAUGACUCCUUUCUUUCAACAAUUUCUUCUUAAGUUUUUAUUCGACAUUUCAGUUUUGUUGAGUUUGGUUUUUUGUAAGACAAUUUGAGUUUUAAUAAGAGUUUUUGAACGAAAAGGUUUGGGGUAAAGCAUUUGAUAAGGUUCAUCGGGCCAAGGCCGUUACAAUUGGUAUCAGAGCCAGGUUAAACCCACCCGGUGCUGUCCCGGGUGGGAAGGGCAGGGUCGGGUAGAAGUAGGAAAAAAAAAAAAAAAAGGGGUUUCAAAAGGACUUCUUCCGAACGUUUUUCUAAGUGUUUCAAAAAGGAGUUUUAAAAAGGAGUUUUAAAAAAAAAAAAAAAAUGCACCACUCGGACAGAACUCCUAGCUCACUCGGUGGACAAUAGAAUACGAGUAGAACCGUAGCUAAUACUCCUUCACUUGUCAACAGAAUGCCUCCCAAGAAUGCCAGAGUUGCAAGGCCAGCUGCGGCCAUCCCGAGAGCGACACGACGGGUCACCAGGUCUGCGUCUCAAGCCUCCAGCGAGGCAGAAAGCCGAAGAGAGGGCGCACCCGAGAAUGGGAACCCAGUGGAAAUGCCAAACGUGGUGAAUGCAGCGCUCCUGGCAGAACUUCAAAGAUACCGUGACGCCUAUGGGGGUCAAUUGCCCAAUGGUGAAGCCGCCGCAGAGGCGGAGGACAACCCCAUACCACCUGGGGUGGCCCAGAAUCCGCCACCACCGCAACCACCCCUGGCAGCGCCUGCGGUGGUGCACGCCCCAGGCCCCAACUACUGGGACAUGCUGAGACACAUGAAGAGUAUGCAGACGGAGUUUUUCAAUGGAAAGGCCGACGCAAUUGUCGCGGAUAACUGGACACGUCAACUCGAGAGGAACUUUGCUUCUGCAAGGUGCCCACCGGAGUUCCGUAGGGACCUGGCUGCUCACUAUCUUAAGGACGACGCACUAGUGUGGUGGGACGAAGUGGUCGAAAGGUCACACGGGAUACGACUGACCUGGGAUGAUUUCCUGGAAGCGUUCAAUGGGAAGUACUUCCCCUUAGAAGCCAUGGACGCGAUGGAAAGCAAGUUUCAGGACAUCCGUCAGGGGUCAAGGAAUGUACGAGACUACGGAGACGAGUUCAAUCGACUUCGGAGAUUUGCGGGUCACUACCUGAGUGAUCACGACUUAAUCCGCCGUUUCCUCAAAGGCAUGAGAGUGGAACUGAGGAAUAGCUUCAACGUGAGGGAAUAUCGUGAUGUCCAUGAGCUGAUUGAGAAAGCCGCAGAACAGGAAUCAGGGCUCGAGGAAGAACGAAAACAGAACCAGAACUCCCAGAACCGGGGUGCCAAACGGCCCCGGGAUGCACUGCCCGCGGCUGAGCCUGCCCCGUUAAGGCCCGCAUGUGAAAGGUGUGGACGAUUCCAUGCGGGGGAGUGCAGAGCAGGAGCAUGCUUUGCCUGCGGCGAGCGCGGCCAUAUGACGAGGGAUUGUCCGAAGGAGUGACAGGCCCAACGCAGGCGCUGUCACCGCUGCGGCCAGGAGGGACAUCAGGCGUGGGAGUGCCCAACACUCCAAAGAGGAAACGCGGAAGGGGCGCAACCCCAACAGCAGAGAGGGCAAGCCGCAGGGCCAAGAGCGUACGCCGUCGAGGGUCGCGAAGGAGCCGAACCAAUCGCGGGUAUGUUUUGAUUUAACGCUACGAUUAUGUUAUAUGAAAAGAACUGUUAGUAGUCGUGUAGCUUAGCGUUAGUGUUGUGUAGGGUCUGUCGCGGUCGGAGGAGUGACAGCGUUCACUCUCUUCGACACCGGGGCAACUCACAGUUUUGUAAGCCCUAGACUUACACGUGAGUGGGACUUUAAGGGGAACUUCAACCCCAUGGGGACGGGAGUCGAGACGGCAGGAACAGAGAAAAUGGCCACGAGGGGAAGAUAUGAAGAAGUACCGGUGAUCCUCGCAGGAGUGAAUUUACCCGGAGACCUGCUGGAGUUAGAACUGGGGCGUUACGAGGUGAUCUUGGGAAUGAAUUGGCUAGCACAACACAGAGCCGUGGUCGAGUGUGCCAAAGCAUGCGUUAGGAUUCCGCUUGAUGGGAGGCAAAUCGUGUACAGAGGAAUGAGAACUAGGACUGGAAUAACUGUGGUGUCGAUGGCCCAUGCUGAAGAAGCAAUCCGGAAAGGAGGAGAAGCCUUUUUAGCCACUAUUGAAAUGGUGGGUGAGACCGAAACGCCAGAUCUGGGAAAUAUCCCUGUAGCAGCAGAGUAUGCAGAUGUGUUUGAACCAUUACGUGGACCCCGAGUAGAUCACCGCGAUCACAAAAUGGCCAACACCAAGUAACGCAACAGAAGUACGAAGUUUCCUCGGGUUGGCAGGAUACUACCGUAAGUACAUUUUAGGGUUCGCCACAAUAGCCAGGCCACUCACCCGCCUUACGGACAAGGAGGUUAGGUUCGAAUGGACAGAGGCGUGCGAGGAGGGAUUCAAACAACUAAAGGACAUGCUGACUAGAGCCCCAGUACUAGUCCUACCUAGACCGGGGGUGCCAUUUGUGGUCUUCACUGACGCCUCCGGGGUCGGAGUGGGGUGCGUACUCAUGCAGGAAGGAAGAGUGAUCGCCUACGCGUCCAGACAACUGCGGAAACACGAGUCUAAUUACCCGACACAUGAUUUAGAGUUAGCAGCAGUGGUAUUCGCAUUAAAAAUCUGGAGAUCGUAUCUAUACGGAGAAAAUGUGCAAAUUUUCACGGACCACCAGAGUUUGAAAUAUGUGUUCACUCAAGGAGACUUGAACCUACGGCAGCGCAGGUGGAUGGAACUACUAGCAGAUUACGACCUGGUCAUCGAUUACCACCCCGGGAAGGCAAACCUGGUGGCAGAUGCCUUAAUCCGAAGGAAAUCAGACAUCUCCGGAGCAAAGGAAACUCAGGAACUCGCCACGGCCUUAACGAAACUACACCUCUGUGCGACGACCGUGAACGAGGAGGGCGCCGGGUUAGAGGUUGUGGAACAAGCUGACCUACUGAGUCGAAUCAGUAAGGCCCAGGAAACGGACUCCACACUCCAAGGGAUGGUCGACAAGGAGGUGAGCGGGUACCGUACGGCUGGGAAUGGUACUAUCCUGUUUAAAGGCCGAGUGUGCGUACCACAGGGAGGGAACUUGAGGGACGAAUUACUGGCACAGGCUCAUCAAUCAUGGUUCGCAAUUCACCCGGGACGGACAAAAAUGUACCAAGAUCUGAAGCGGUACUAUCACUGGGAAGGAAUGAAGAGAGAUGUCGCCUUGUGGAUAGCCCGGUGUCAGACCUGUCAGCUGGUUAAGGCGGAGCGCGGAGUUCCAGGAGGACUGCUGCAGGAGUUACCCUUACCACAAUGAAAAUGGGAUAUGGUGACAAUGGAUUUCGUCACGGGGCUACCACGGACCACGAGAAACAAGGACGCUAUAUGGGUGAUAGUAGACCGCCUGACAAAGACGGCUCAUUUCCUACCUAUACGAACCACCGAUAAGACUGAGGACUUAGCUCGAGAGUACCUGAACACCAUAGUGAAGUUGCAUGGGGUACCGGUAAGCAUAGUAUCCGACCGGGACCCGAAGUUUACCUUAACUUUCUGGCAGGCGUUUCAAAGAGCGUUGGGAACCAAGGUUCGCCUUAGCACCGCGUAUCACCCACAGACGGAUGGACAAUCCGAGAGGACCAUCCAAACACUUGAAGAUAUGUUGAGGGCGAGUGUUUUGGAAUGGGGAGGUAAAUGGAGCGAAUAUCUACCAUUGGUGGAGUUCUCAUAUGAAAUGUCCCCGUAUGAAGCAUUGUAUGGGCGACCCUGUAGGACCCCCUUAUGUUGGACCGAAGUGAGGGAGGAACGAGAUAUGACCCCCGAACUAGUUGGAGAAACGAUCAAGCAAGUAGAACUCCUCAGAGACAGAUUGAAAACAGCACACGAUCGCCAGAAGUGUUACGCCGACAAACACCAGAAGAAACUAGAGUUUGCAGUAGGGGAUGAGGUGUACUUGAAAAUGAGAACCUCUCGAGGGAAUGACCCAAACCGAAAGUUGAAAAAGUUGAGACCCAGAUACAUGGGCCCAUACGUGAUAAAGGAGAGGAUUGGUGCAGUCGCGUAUCGGCUGGUCCUACCGCCGGAACUAUCAGAUUUCCAUGACGUGUUUCACAUCUCCGUGCUACGGAAGGUUGUAAGGGAGCCUGAGCUGAUCUUGCCGCACCCGCCUACGGAUGCGCAACGUAACUUGACCUUGGUUAGCAAACCCAUAAAGAUUGUGGAGGAAAAGGAAGUAAAUAAUCGGGGACGAAAGGAUAAGGUGGUUCUCGUACGUUGGGAGAGGGAUGGAAUCCACGAGGAUGUGUGGGAACAUGAGUCGCAUUUGAAGGUUAACUACCCCGGGAUUUUUGGAAACGCGGAACGGGACCAGGAGGAGGUCCAGAAUUCGGGGACGAAUCCUUUUCUAGUGGGGGAGAAUUGUAACAUCUCGGGCCCGGCCCAAAAGGAAACUCAAGUGCAGGAGGCCCAAGGAGAAGAAACCCUAGACAUAACCCCUCCCAUUGCUUAUAAAAGGAGAAGUUUCCCUAGGGUUCAGCCACAAGAGAGACAGCAAGCGAAGCCCUGCCUGAGCAGAACCCCGCCGCCGCCUCCGCCUCAAGCCGCCGCUGCUCCAUCUCCGGCGAAGCCAGCCGCCAGCGAAGCCCUAGCCGCCGCAACCGAGCUCCUAGCCGCCGCCUCCUUGAUUCAGUUUCGUGCAAGCAACUGAGAUCUGAACCCUAAAGGUAAAACUAAGAUCUCUAGCUCUAAGUCAUUGGAAAAUGACAGAUUCUAAACCCAUCUCUCUCUUGUGUGAAUCCGAUUCUCAAAUCAGAUCUCGAGAAGUGACUGUUCCCCAAACCUAGAUCCAGAUCUACUUCUGCAAAAAGCUAAGGUGAGGACUUGGCUGUGAACUUGCCUCAUGUUGAGUAACCAAUGGGACUUAGUCCUUUGUUAAUCAGUUCUAGAUAUUGUGUGUAUGUGUGAUGUGAUAUGUGAUUGAUCUUGUCUAGACGAUAGUACGUGUUGAAGUGAUAAGAACGUAGGCAUGUUAGGGUGGUCAAGAAUAUGAUGAUAAGGUGUUGAGACGUGUUGUGAAUGAUAAGUGAAAGAUGUAAGAAUAAGUAUGAAUAAGGGAUCAUAUAGAGAGUCUAAGGAAAGUAUGUGGGGUAGUAGUCCACGCUAGGUAUCCAUAGGAGAUGUGGCCAAUCCACAAGAAUAUGGAAGCACCCAUAGGAGAUGUGGUCAAUCCACAAGAAUAUGGGGUAGAAGCCUAGUUGGGGCUACCCACUGAUGAAAAGGACGAAAAGAUGAAAAGGAUGUGCAUUGUAGGGUUUUUAGUUUAUGUCGGGUAGUAUGGGUUUCU